AUGCAGCGGGGCUACGCGCCCUUCCUCUAUUUCGUGGCUGUCCUGGGGUUGGAGGCUGCAAUGCAGAAGGAAUGCAGGAUUAUUGAGGCUCUCCAGAACAAACUGACGUAUCAGCAACGGCUCCAGUACAUGAAACACUAUUUCCCCAUCAACUACACCGUGAAUGUCCAGUUCGAAGAGGUUCUCAGGGUGGCCAACAUUACCAGGCUGCGGGAUCGGAACGUCGGCGAGCUGUCCCUGCGCUUCCUGUGGCUCAGUGUGAACUCCCAGGUGCUGCUGAAGAUCCGGGCUGUGCUGCUGGAGAAGCACCCGGCCUGGGAGUACACCCGAGAUCUCUGCCUCCUCUUUGAUCAGCUGGCUGAGGAGUACGAGAACUGCAACCAGGGGAACGUGGACACAAACGUUUGGGACGUGGUAGAGCAGGUUCUCAGCGGUGACGCAGGGAGCAGCCGGAAGGCCGUGCGCCCCAAAGCCCUGCUGGAUAACUGCGCCAAGGUCAUGUGGAUGCUGUACAGCGAAUCGUGUAAAUAGGAUUCUGCCUAUGAUCAGGAAGGGAGCGUGGCCAUUUCGUCCCUCUCUCCGUGCCCUCUGCGCCGCUUCGGCAUGUGGUCUCUGUUGUGGUGCUGCCUGUCUGCUUGUGCUCCACAAUCCCCGCUUCCGUGUUGCGUUGUGCCUGCCAUCUCCCCGGGACCCAGAGGAAGCCAGUGCCCUACGAAGCAUCUUCCAAGGUGCCCGGCAGCGGGAGCUUUGCCUUGCUCUCCCAGGGAAGAAUGAGAGCAAAGGUGGAGGAUGGAGAGCGCAGAGGAGUGGAUUUUCUCUACCGGUGCCAUAGGACAAGCUCAGGAAAUCUUUCGGGCACGGGGAAUCCAAGGAAGGUGGUGGCUCCUCCUGCCAUGAACAGGCUGCAUGUCUGUCGCUCUGAGGGUGCGGCUCUGGGUUGCUCCCCACCAGAGUAGAUGCCCGAGGGCCCGCUCUGCCGCAGCAAUGGAGACUUGCCUCACA